AUGACUGACAUCAUCUGUGUUGUCAUCAUCAAUGAUGUCAUCGGUGAUGUCAUCGGUGAUGUCAUCAUCAUCGGUGUCAUUGUCGUCAGUGAUGUCAUCAGUGUCAUCGUAAUUGGUAUUAUCAUCAUUGGCGUCAUUGUCAUCGGCGAUGUCAUUGGUGUCAUCAUCAUCAGUGAUGUCAUCGGUGUCAUUGUCAUUGGUGACGUUAUCAGCGCAUCAUCAUCGCUGUCAUUGUCACUCAUUGUCACCCUCACCAUUGUUGGUCAUGGUCAUCGUUGGUCAUGGUCAUUGUCACUGGUCAUCGUCAUCAUCAUCAUCAUCCUCACCAUUGUUGGUCAUGGUCAUCAUUGGUCGUGGUCAUUGUCACUGGUCAUCGUCAUCAUCAUCAUCAUCCUCACCAUGGUUUGUCAUUGUCGCUGUCACCAUCGUUGGUCAUGGUCACUGUCGGCCAUGGUCAUCGUCAUCCUCGCCAUUGUUGUUCACCAUCACUGGUCACUGUCAUGGUCGUUGUUGGUCAUCGUUGUCCUCAUCCUCACCAUGGCUGGUCAUGGUCAUCAUCAUCAUCAUCAUCAUCAUCAUCAGUCAUGGUCAUCGUUGGCUACGGUCAUCGUCAUCCUCACCAUCGUCGGUCAUCGUCACCGUGGCCAUUGUUGGUCAUUGUUGGUCAUCUUCAUCCUCACCGUCGCUGGUCAUGGUCAUCAUCCUCAUCCUCACCAUUGCCAGCCAUCGUUGGUCAUCUUCAUCCUCACCAUUGUUGGUCAUGGUCAUCUUUGGCCAUGGUCAUCAUCAUCAUCAUCAUCCUCACCAUGGUUGCCCUUCGUUGGUCAUCAUCAUCUUCACCAUCAUCGGUCACUGUCAUUGUUGGUCAUCAUCACCGUCACCACCGUUGGUCACCGUGGGCCAUCCUCAUCCUCACCAUGGUUGGUCAUGGUCAUCAUCACCAUCCUCAUCCUCACCAUGGCUGGUCAUGGUCAUCAUCACCAUCCUCAUCCUCACCAUGGCUGGUCAUGGUCAUCAUCAUCAUCACCAUCCUCAUCCUCACCAUGGUUGGUCAUGGUCAUCACCACCAUCCUCAUCCUCACCAUGGCUGGUCAUGGUCAUCACCACCAUCUCCUCAUCCUCACCAUGGUUGGUCAUGGUCAUCUUUGGCCAUGGUCAUCACCAUCCUCAUCCUCACCAUGGUUGCCCAUCGUUGGUCAUCGUCACCGCCGCCAUUGUUGUCCAUCCUCAUCGUCACCAUGGUUGGUCAUCGUCACCGCCGCCAUCGUUGGCCAUCCUCAUCCUCACCAUGGUUGGUCAUCGUCACCGCCGCCAUCGUUGGCCAUCCUCAUCGUCACCGUCGCCGUCACCACCGCGGCCGCCGCCCUCCCGGAGCCGGGAACGCCGGGAGCGCCAGGAGCCGGCUCCGGCCGCCCCGACAUUCCCAAAAAUCCGCGGGAAUUCCCGGUUUUCCUGUCCCGGGGCCGAGCGGGAGGAGGACCCGGAAUAACGGAGGAGCCGCGGGAUCGGGAUCUGGAGUUCGGGGUGGGGAAUUCCAUGGAUUUCUGUGGAUUCCCGAGGAUUUCCGUGGAAUUCCAUGGAUUUCUGUGGAUUCCCGAGGAUUUCCGUGGAAUUCCAUGGAUUUCUGUGGAUUCCCGAGGAUUCCCGUGGAAUUCCAUGGAUUUCUGUGGAUUCCCGAGGAUUCCUGUGGAAUUCCAUGGAUUUCUGUGGAUUCCCGAGGAUUCCCGUGGAAUUCCAUGGAUUUCUGUGGAUUCCCGAGGAUUCCCGUGGAUUCUGGUGACUUUCCCUGGAUUUCUGCGGAUUCCCGAGGAUUUCCACGGAUUCUUGAGGGUUUCCAUGAAUUUCCUGUGGAUUCCUGAGGAUUUCCAUGGAUUUUCGGGAAUUUCCAUGGAUUCUUGGGGAUUCCUGAGGAUUCCUACAAAUUCCCAUGGAUUCCUGAGGAUUUCCUGGGGAUUCCUGAGCAUUUCCAAAGAUUCCCACGAAUUCCUGAAGAUUUCCGUGGAUUCCCAAGUAUUCCCAUGA